AUGGAUCAAUAUGAAAUAUUAGGUGCAUUAGGAAAAGGGUCAUUUGGUGUUGUUUCAAAGAUCAAAAGAAAAGAAGAUGGAAGAGUUUUAGUUUGGAAAGAAAUUUGUUAUGAAAAUAUGCAAGAAAAAGAGAAACAAUUAUUAGUGAAUGAAGUUAAUAUCCUUCAAAAAUUAAAACAUCAAAAUAUUGUUAGAUAUUAUGACAGAAUCAUUGAUAAACCAUCUUCAAGAUUAUAUAUUAUCAUGGAACAUUGUUCUGGUGGUGAUUUAUCACAACUUAUUAAAAAAUGUAGAAAUGAAAGAACAUAUAUGGAUGAAGAAGUAAUUUGGAGAACAUUACUUCAAAUUUUAUCAGCACUUCAAGAAAUUCAUAAUAGAAAAGAUGGUGUAAUUUUACAUAGAGAUAUUAAACCAGGUAAUUUAUUUUUAGAUGAAAAUAAAAAUAUUAAAUUGGGUGAUUUUGGUUUAGCUAAAAUUUUAAAUGAAUCACUUUAUGCUCAUACUUUUGUUGGUACUCCAUAUUAUAUGAGUCCUGAACAAAUUCAUGGACUUAAAUAUAAUGAAAGAUCAGAUGUUUGGUCAGUUGGUUGUUUAAUUUAUGAAAUGGCAACAUUAUCACCACCAUUUGAAGCAACAAAUCAAGCUCAAUUAACAAGUAAAAUUCAAGUUGGUAGAUAUAACCCAAUUCCAUCACAAUAUUCUGAACAUCUUUCAAAAGUUAUCUCUUUAAUGAUUAAUGUUGAUCCAAAAUCAAGACCAAAUGUAAAUGAAUUAUUAGGAUAUUCUUUUAUUUCAUUUAAAGUUAAAGAAAGAAAAUUAAAUAUCUAUUAUCAAGGUUUAAAACAAAUGGAUGAAGAUUUAAAGAUUAAAGAAAAGAAAUUAUCAGAUAUUGAAAGAGAUCUCCAAGUUAAAGAACAACAUUUACUCUUGAGAGAACAACAAAUUAAUCAAAGAGAGAAACUUUUAUUAGAUAAAGAAAACUUUGAAACUCAAAGUAGAAUCAAUAUCAUGAAUCAACAAUUACAACAACAACAACAAAAUCAAUUACAACAUCAAAUUAGUAAUCUUUCUCUCAAUUGUAAUAACAGUGUUAAUAGUUGUAGUAGUAGUAGUAAUAAUAAUACUACUAAUAGUAUAAAUACUCAACAACAAAUUCAUAUUCAACAUAACACACAACAACAACAGCAACAACAACAAACAUUCCAACCAUAUCAAAUUAAAAGAACUUUUACUACCCCACUCCCAAAUUUUAAGUAA